CAAUCAGAAAGCAGAAUGCAAAAGCAGUGCAUUAAGCUCCUCCCACUGCUGUCCAGACCAGUGAACAGAGCACACAGGAGGAUUUAUUGUGUUUUACUGCUGGAAGUUUUCAGAGCAGAAGCUCUGCCUACACCAGAUUUCUACAAAGUCCUUUCAGUUUCUUUUUCUCUGAAAUGUGAAGAGAGUAUAAACAGAGAGGACACACUGAGACACACACAGCUUACACAACCACUCGCUUUCUUAACUGAGGGACAACAGCAGCACCAUCCCGACAUGGCAGCUUCACAAGACCAGGAUCUGUAUACAUCGGGUGAUUGGACACAGCUCUCUGUCGCUUCUCAGAUAAACUCGCUAAAUCUUAGCAAGUGUCCUACAGCUGAGGAAACGCCGAAUGAACCUACAAAUGCUGGAGAUGUUCCAGAAGACCAGAAAAUAGACCUGUACAGAUCAGCUGAAGAGCAAAAUCCUCCAGCUGCUGCUGCAGAUGUUCCACAGACGUCCUCAUCAGCGUCUAAGAGUUCUGAUACAACACGCAGGAAAUGUUCUGUUGAUCAGAAGAAGGAUACAAGAGAUAGCGAUGAGCUAAAACCCUCAGCACCUCGGGAUGUUGCAAAGUUUUAUGUGAAAGUGGACUGGCCAAAAGAUCUACCUCAGAAAUGGAAAAAUCUUCUGCAAAAAGCUCUUCAGACCUGGUGUAACUCUGAAGCAAAAGAGAGAGAGAGAUGCAGUGUUGAGGUGGUUCGGCUUUUAGGUGAUGGAUGCACUGCAGAGGUGGAGAUCACGCCAUCAACUGCUUUAAAGGAUAUAAAAACUGCAACAUUAACAUUCAGGUCGCUUGAGAAAAGCGCCACAGUACACUUUCAGGAAGCUGAACCAAAGUCUGUGAAUAAAGUUUCCAGGCAAAAGGAGAACAUGACUGAGACAGCUGUGACUGCUACAGAAACAACCCCACCUGAGCUCAUGAAGGAUGCAGGAGCUGCUUCUAAUGAGAUGACUGGAGCUUCUGAUGCUUUUACUGUCCCUCCCUUUCUAUACUGGUACCUGAGUCAAGCUUACAGGAAGGAGCUGGAACAAUUUGAGAAUGUGUUUGGAGUUAAAAUAAAUGCAGAAACACGUCUUUCACUCUCUGCUGCGAAAGCUAUGGUGAAGAGUGAGAGUGAUUCUUUCAGCAAAGCUACUCAGGCCUUUUCUACUCUUGUCCAGAAUACUACAAAGAAUCUCAAAUCUGUUUCUGUCCCUCAAACACACAUGGAGUCUGACAUCAUGAAAGAGACACUGCGUAAUAUUCCAAAUGAAGAGCACAGGAUCAUGCUAAGCAUGUCAGCAAAUGAAUACCUGCUGUUUGGACCAGGAGAAAUAACAUCAGUGGUUGAGAAGCGGAUAAAAUUGGAACCUGGUGAUGAUCUAGCAACACCAUUUAGCCACAGAGAGUCACAUAACAUGGAGACAUCUAGCAAUAGGACUUCAGUGCAGACCCCAAAGAACUUGGACAUGGACAUCAAGGACACUCAAGCUGCAGUUGAGAUGGAUGUGGCACACUGGCAACUGCUGAAGAUUGCGUUUGAGAAACAGAUUUCUGAGAUCCAAAAUAAAUAUGGAGUUCAGUUUGAUGCUGAACCUGUCCACGGCUCGGUUAAGGUGUCAGCACGGUCCAGAGGAACUCAUCAGGUCAAUCUCGAAGCUCACGCCCUCAGAGCCUUAACUCAUCUCUACCAAAAGGUAGUUACAUCAGCAGUCACCUGUGAUCUUAAAGAUGCUUCCUCCACUGAGAUAGUGUCCAAGGCACUUGAAAGAAUUCACUCUCAACACGCCUGUGUUGGUGGAGGGGAAAGAAAUGGAAGCUGGAAACUUUUUGGACUGCCAAAGCAUCUCGUUCCUGCCAUAGCUGACAUUGAGAAGAUUACUAGAGUCACUGUAUUUGAUGAGAAGGUGAAGAAAUUGCUCGGAUAUCCAUCGGAUUUUCCACAAGCAGGUGGAUUUCAGCGGGGACAAACAGGGAUGGAUGUGAUGAGAGGGGCACACGGCACUGACCCGAGAGGUGGAACCUUUCCACAAAAAUUACAUUUUGUCCAGGAGCCAUUUAACGAAAUAAAAGGUAAAGAGAAAAAAUAUAAUAAAAGUGAAGAAGAUAAAUGUCCAAUUUGCCUGGAUACGUUUACUCAGAAGACAAAACUUAAAUGUAGUCAUGAGUUCUGCGAAGAGUGUCUGAAACGGUCAAUAAAGAGCAGCAGAGAAAUUUGCCCUUUGUGUAAGAAAAUAUUUGGCACCUUAAAAGGAAACCAGCCUGAUGGAACAAUGCAUGUCCAACAUCGCAAACACAGGAACCUCGCUGGCUUUCCUCCAUGUGGCACAAUUGAAAUUAAUUACAUCAUACCAGAUGGCAUUCAGACGAAUGAACAUCCAAACCCUGGAAAACGUUACCGUGGGACUCGUUGCACUGCGUACUUACUGGACAACGCUGAAGGAAACCACGUGCUCCAGCUGCUGAGAAGAGCUUUUGAUCAGAAACUCAUCUUUACUGUUGGAACCAUCACAAAAAAUGAAGGAGAAGAUGGGAUUAUCUGGAACAACAUUCAUCACAAAACGAGCACACACGGUGGACCUGAGUGUUUUGGCUAUCCAGACCCGAGCUACUUAAAAAGAGUGAAAGAAGAGCUGAAGGCCAAAGGCAUUGAGUAAAGAUUAAAAAUGCAGAAUUGUGGAUUCACACUUUACUCACAGCUUGAAUACAGUAAAAUAAAAUAAAGAAGAACAGAAUGAGAGUGUGGAGUCACAAAGAACACUAAAAUGAAUAUUACAUUUAACUGUGUGUAAUUUAGCUACAGUGAAGCAGAAAACCAAUCACACCACAUAAUUUAUUUCUUCUAAUAGUAGUAAUCUAACACUAAAAUAUUAACACCAAUAUUUAAUAACUAUAUAACUAAUAACUAAUAACUAUGUGUAAUUUAAGGUGAUGGAUUUGUUUCUCGCAAAGCUACAGCGAAGCAUAAAACCAAUCAUACCAUAUAAUUUCUCAUCUUUAUAUAAAUUUUAUGAAAUUUAUCAAUUUUAUCAAAUUUUGAUCAAUGACAAAAAAAUAAAUAAUACUAAAAAGGAACCAGGCACCAGAAUUCUUAAUGCCAGCAAAUUUAUAUCGUUAUACCAAAUAAAUAUUAAGAACAUCAGGAACAAUGGUGCAGAAAAAAUGAUAAGCAAGAGAUGGGGUGUGAAGGCAGAACACAUGACUGUUAUAGCGAAUAACUCAUUUAUAUUUAAUUUCUGCUGUAUAAUUAAAUAAAGUACUAAAACAAUUCAGGUUUAAGAUGUUUUAUUUAUCACAAAUGUUAUUUAGUUUGUAAAGUACUCCAGCAAAUACAUGACUUUUAUUUCAGAACUAUGUUUGGGCCUUCAUGCAUUCUGUACUAUAAAAGCUGUCAUUUUUUUUUUUUUUAAA